CAGAUAUCAUUUGAAAAACGUGCAAGGCCCUGCAUAUUUGCCGGUGUUCGCAGUGGAUAGAAAAGCAGGCCGAAAAUGAGGCUCACAGUGUUAAUACUGUUGGUCACUAUUUCGAGGUGCAUUGGUCAUAGAGAAAAGAAUCGUGGCAGAUAUCGGUAUAGCAAAUAUCACCGGCCAAUAUACAGACCAACGUAUUUACCCCCACCUUUUACAAGUACAAUGAUGACGCCGACAACGAAGGCCCCGCCGCCAAUCAGACCAAUCAGUCGCAUAGACGAUACAUUGUCCGCAUUGAUCGGUGUCAGAAUACCGCCAAAAGAGUGUGUCAUAUCCUAUGAUGACUUCGUAGAGCACGCUGUGGAUGAAGACUGGAUCACUCUGUACGGUAUCGACAACGACCUUCCUAUAAACAAAGAUAUAAACUUUAAGUGGACGGCUCGCUGGGACGUCAUUAACCAAACACAUAUCCGGAGACGAGGAAGUUAUUGGAAUAAUCUGACGGGCAAGUGUACCUUCGUUGAAGGACAGUUCAAUCGAAUUGAUGACAAAAAGGCAAUAUUUGGCGCAGUUAGUGGUAUAGUCGGAACACUUGACAGGAGAGACUAUAUUGUGAGCUUCUUACCAUCGAAAUAUGUUAUCGUAUAUGUUUGUUUUGAUGCGAGCAAUAUCAACAGCGACAGGUGUCCUAAUUCUGUAGUUGUACUUCUGGUUAAGGAGCAAAGAACAACCCCUCCAGACAGUGAUACAGGUAUAGUAUCUGGAGACAUUUGUCUGGACAAAAUGCCGUGGUGGCUGAUUGAAUAUACUUUGAAAUAUUGUUUGGGGCAGCAGUUUGUGGACGAUACAGAACCACAAAUCAUGUGGUAUUGGGAGAACGAAGGUGGCCCAACUGUUGAUUGUGCAAAACCAGGAACAGAAGCCUUUCAGAGGGAGAUUGAAAAUGGAAAGUAGAUGAUCACGAAAAAUUAGCCGGCACAACGACUGUCGUUCAAGUUUUUGCCUGCAAUUAGCAUUAUUUAUUUCUGAGAUUCUUACCUUUUCCACAAUCCACAUCAUUCCUGUUUAAGAUUUA